AUGGUGUUUUCUGGGUUCAAGCGUCAGGAGAACGACUUGCGCUGUGCCUUUCCCGCCAUUUGUUCGGAUUCUAGAUCCCUAGAGCUUAUCAAGGCUGUUCGCAAGGCGCCACGGAGCAUUUGGCUUUUUGAAAUGUUCGACAUGCAGUUCCCGAGGAGCUUAGGAAUUGGCCGCGAAGGGUGCCUUGUCUGCUCCCUGGCUGGGAGUGCGGGGCAGCGUUGGCACUCUCGAGCCUCUCACGGCGCUUCUCGUGUUUUGAUCAGAGCAGGUCGGUUGCAUUCAAGCCGUGGUAUCGCCAUGGGAAGCGACGACGAUGCCGCGGGAUCGGAGAUGCAAAGCCGCGCGGCUCCUCCCUUGAAGCGGAAGCCCUUCAAGUCACUGCACCCCCUCAACACCGCCGCUCCCGUGCCGUCGCGACAGCCGCCGCUGCACCCCGCUCCCGGCUCCACUGCGAAUGCCCGCGCGCGAUUCAAUGCGCCCAAGGCGGCCGCUGCAGUGACGUGUAACGCGAACGGCGCGCAAGGUGCGGCAGCGGCGGAGGCUUCGGCGGCGGCGGACGAGACGCGGUACUACAGCGUGAUGUACUGCCCGCGCAAGCCGCACGCGAAGCGCAAGGGGCCGUGGUCGGACGGGCUGCUGAGCGUGAAGGGGCGCGCGUGCGCCGUGCAGAACAUGGACGCCAAGCCCGUCGCCAAGGCGCUCGUCAGCGGCUGCGCGCACCUGAAAGAGGGCUCCACGCUAGAGGUGGGCAAGUGGGAGGUGGAGGUGAUGCACGAGGUGCCGCGCGAGCAGUACCUCGCCGGCUCCUUCUUCAUCCCCGCCGCUGCCGCCUCUGCUGCCGCUGUGGCCCCCGCUGCUGCCACGGGUCGAGUGGGCAGUGCUGCUGCUGGCAGGGGCAGGAAGCGGGCGGGUGAGAGCAGCAGUGGCAGGGCGGCUGGCAGCAGUGCGGAAGGGGUGCUGGCGAACAACACACGCCUCUGCCAGGCGUCAGAUACUCGCCACCACCCGUCCGCCUUCCCACUUCCACCCCUGCACGCGCGUGCAAGUCGAUGGGCUGCUGCAGAGGCCAGGCCGUUGAAACUUGUGUGCGCUGAUGUCUCUUCUCUUUCUGCCCUCGUGCCGCCUCCACAGGAGAGCUGCGAGCAUGGAGAGUCGCAUGAGGCUUGGCAACGAGCCGUCCUGCACGUGUCCUGUCGUGUGAUGUGGUGGCUACAGGAUGCGGUGUGUCUCAACCCCAACCAGCACGGCAAGGGAAUCUCCAAGAUCUACCUUGACUCUGGGUUCAGAAACGACUGCAGUCAGCUAGUCUCCUGCUAUUCAUAUCACAUUCUCGUACGCAUCUCACCAGGAGCCCUUGUGUUCCACCUUCCUGUGGGGGUUGCGCUGAGUUGCAACCACUCUCUCUUUUCUUCCCCCCCUCUUCCCCUUCCCCUCCCCCCCUUCCCCCCCCGCCCUCUGUGGGUGGCUGGCAGUACACCGGGGCGAGGAAGUGAGCCCACCUUGUCUGGCAGUACUCAGGCGCACCUCUCUCUUCCCCCCCUUCCCCCCUCGCGUGGCUGGCAGUACAUCGGAGCAAGGAUGCGCCCUCACCAGGUGGAGGGGGUGCGCUUCAUGCUCGAGGCCGUGCUGGAGGUGCGCACGCCCGGCUGCUCCGGAUGCGUGCUCGCAGAUGAAAUGGGUGAGCUGGCAGAUGAAAUGGGUGAGCUGGCAGAUGAAAUGGGUGAGUUGGCAGAUGAAAUGGGUGAGUUGGCAGAUGAAAUGGGUGAGCUGGCAUAUGAAAUGGGUGAGCUGGCAGUUGAAAUGGAUGAGCUGGCAGAUGAAAUGGUUGAAAUGGAUGAGCUGGCAGAUGAAACGACUGAGCUGGCUGAGAAGAGAGAGCUGGGAGAUGAAAGGCUGGCAGUUGAAAACGGCGAGGUGGCAGAGGGAGUAGGUGUUUAG